AUGAAAAGACCUGGACCUAAAUCUAGACCUAUACCUAAAUCUAGACCUAUACCUAAAUCUAGAUCUACACCUAAAUAUAGACCUAUAUCUAAAUCUAGACCUACACCUAAAUAUAGACCUAUACCUAAAUCUAGACCUAUACCUAAAUCUAGGCCUAGACCUAAAUCUAGACCUAUAUCUAAAUCUAGAUCUACACAUAAAUAUAGACAUAUACCUAAAUCUAGACCUAUAUCUAAAUCUAGACCUUUACCUAAAUCUAUAUCUACGCCUAAAUAUAGACCUAUAUCUAAAUCUAGACCUACACCUAAAUAUAGACCUAUACCUAAAUCUAGACCUAUACCUAAAUCUAGACCUAGACCUAAAUCUAAACCUAUACCUAAAUCUAGACCUAUAUCUGAAUCUAGAUCUACACCUAAAUCUAGACCUAUAUCUAAAUCUAGAUCUACACCUAAAUCUAGACCUNCUGAGGGGAAAGGGUUUGGUGGAAGGGUUAGGGUUCCUAUAUUUGGAAUUCAUCUCACUGCUGUAACCGGACAUCAUGUCUGGUUUCCCUAG